GACUGGCUGACACUUGGAGUUGUGUACAGUCUUGUCUGUGAUAAUGGCGCUUGGCCGUGCUAGCCGGCUGAUCCAAAUCUUAGUGUGAUGAUCCUUGACUGUUCCACCGUCGUGCCGCCGAGGCCAAGUUCCAGCGGUGCAAUGCAAGGCCAAAAUUCACAGUCGCAGCCCGCCAGUCUAGAUGUCAACUGGUAUUCAUGGCGGCCGGGCGCCUACUUGCGACUUGCACCUUGGAGAAACCCUUAUCGUCAUAUUCGCAAUUGUUCCGGGCCCAAGAGGGCUACUUCCCUACUGGUCGGGAGAAGUGCAGCCGGAAUCGCCUGCAAAGCUUUCGGCAGACCCGGCCAAUGCUACACAACAACUGACGUGCGAUUCGUCCGCCCGGACAUCUAUGUGCUUACGAGCUUCAACCACGAAUGUAACGUUCUUCGACCCAGCACCUGUCUCACCGCUCGAGAAGGCCGAUCCAGCACCAAUCGACACCGCACCAAUCGACACCGCGCCUUUGCGUUGUUGAACUUGAGAAUGCCGUGGUGGUGCCGUCCAAGGGAUAGGUUCGUCACCAUUGACCAUUUAUCUGGUCCUUCAGAUCGGGGAAGUGUCCGUGUCGAUGCAUCAUCAAUACAUGCUCUCUGGGCGACACUUUGCCGAACCUCUCAUGGCGCCGCAUUUUCGAGGCUACCGGUGUACCCUUAACCCCUGGCAGCACAAUUCGGACAUAUGAUUCCGCAUGGGAUGUCAGAGAGUUGCAGCAUGACACAAGCUAGUGUGGUUACCCAAAAACACCUGGGACCAUAGGGCAAAUCAUUUCACGACUCAAUCCAUUCAAUAUUGGCAACCUGUUUACCUAG